AUUUCUUCGCUUGCUGUUAUGCGUUUGAAGGAGUUUAUAGAAAUUCAGAGGAAUGGAAAUGUUUGUAAACUUUGUAACGAGACUUUUACGGGAGAAAAUGCUACCCCUUCUUCGUGUCAGCAUGCAUUUCACGUAGAAUGUCUUAAAACUUGGACUAAGGAGCAUACAAAUGGUGGCAGUUGUAAAUGCCCCUUAGUUAAUUGUAGUGAAGCUUACACUGCAAUAUUUAUUCGUUCCACACCCGGUGGAACUAUGAAAGAGGCUAUUUCUCUCGCUGUAGAUAAUCAAUGUCCUGUAUGCUUUGAAGAUAUGAAGCCCCCAAUUGCUACUCCGGAGUGUUGUAAUCAUUGUUUUUGCCUCACCUGUCUUUCGGAUUGGUGCAAGGUUCAGCAUGCCUGUCCUCUUGAUCGUAAAACUUUUGAACUUAUGCUUCUACAUGACUAUAUAGGUGGUCCAGUCGUAGAUAGGCGAGUACCACCACCUAUAGAAGCACCAAUUGAACCGGUUGUUGAAGAUAACACCUACUGCGAAGUAUGCCAUUCACCUGAUGAUGAGGCUAACCUUCUACUCUGCGAUAAUUGUGAUAAGGGAUAUCACACCUACUGUCUCUCCAAUCCUCUUUCUGAAAUUCCAGAGGGGGAUUGGUUUUGUCCCGAAUGCGAACCCUUGGUGCGUGACGCAGAAGCAGAACAAAAUGAAAUUGAACAAAUAGGUUACAGACUGGGUGGUCUCGAUAGUGAUUCCGCAGAAGAAUCAGAGGGUCUUGAACAUUCCGACAAUGAUAGCGAUGAUAGGGAGAAUUUGCCCUUUAUGGAAAGCUUUACAAUCCGCACUCAGGAACGGCUGGUAAGACAAGCCAUGUCUCGGCAUCGUGGAGCUGGUCUACUGAGAGAUCUCAUUGAAAAUUUGGAGAAUAGAGCUAGGAAUGAGCAGAGGCAGAGACGUACUCGUUCUAGACGAAAUCAACAGAGGCGACGACGUGUUAGAGUUGAUGAUUCAAUUGAUGAGUUUUUAAAUCCUCCUCAACCAGAACGACAAAAUGAACCAACUACAAGUAAUGGAAGAGGGGGUCUGAGGAGGAAACGUAGACGAAUUUUAGGCUACGAUUCCUCAGAUUCCGAGGUUGAAGAUGAUGAGAGAGCAGGGCCUUCAAACAGUCAAAGCCCUGAUCACAAUAUCAUCACUCCUCGUUCAACGCCUCCCCGAAAACGUCUCAGGAUUCUCGACGACACUGCUGACUCCCUCCCUUCUCCUAUUAGGCCUCAACGAAAUCUACACCGGACUCAUGAUACAAGUGAGGUUCCUUCACAACGCCUUGCCAUCUCCACCCCUUCUCACUCAGACGGUGAAGAAGCAUCUAUCGGAACGGAGGAUAAGGACGAAUCUUCUACCUAUCGUCCUAUUGACAAUAGCUCCCGUGACAUCUUUGCCUCAUUUUCCACUGACCAAAAUCUUAGUGGCAUUGCCGAGGAGAUCCAUAGUAUUGCCUCGCGACGAAGGCGAAUCUCCACUAAAUCGCGGCAAACGCGUAAGCGAAAGACAAAGAGGCGAAGACGACGCACAACUCGCAAGUCCACAGGUAAUGUUGCAAACGCCAGUGGGCUGGUCAAACGUGCUCAGCGGACCCUUAGAAAGAGUACUACAAGAAGAAGGAGAAGGACGACUACUGGUACUAGAAGGAGUACUAAAAGGACUCGACUGAAUUCUUCUCAUAGACGCAUUCAGGAAUCUAUGUCUAGUGCAUUGCAGUCUUCGCCUAUUUCAACGCGAACACGAAGGAGUGAUAGCAAAGUAACCAUUUCCUCAAAACUUUCAAUUUUUGGAACAGACCCUACUUGCGGCCUUGUUGCCGACCUCGAAAACAACGAAGGGAAUAAAAAGCGAACUGCUCCUUCUACCUCGAAAUCUCCUCAAAGUGUACAUACUCCUUCAUCCUCCGAGGGUUAUUUGAGCAGACUACUGGCUCAGCAGGAUGCUCUUCAUCGAUUCAAUUCAUUUAACAUGCGGAUUAAUCCUGAUAAUUCCGUUUCACCCCCUCCUAUUAAGUUACCCCCAAAAGUGUCCAUAACCAAACCCAUUGACGCUCCUGAGUCGAAACCAAAGCCUGACCCUUCUAAAUCACAUUCCACUGUUGAAAAUGGUGUCAAGCAUUCAGAAGUGUCUACACAUUCAAAGAAAUCGGCAGCAGCCAUCUCAGACAGCCAGGCGAGUUCUUCUAAAUCACAGAUUUUUCCUAAUUGUAACAGGAAGAUGGAAGAGAAGUCGCUAGGGGAAUCGAACCCAGGUCCUUCCACUACUUCAAAUGGUAUUCGGAGGUCGGAAGAAUUGCCAAGUGCAACACACCAACAUUCAAUUUCAACCAGACAGUCAACAUGGACUUCAGAAUCGAUUGAUCGAGUCCGAAAACUCAUCUUCGAUUAUCUUCGAACAGAUCAUCCCUCUUUAACGGACGAAGAAAUUCGAAAGGAGCUUGCAAAACGAGCGAUUACAAAGGUAAUUCGAAGGACUCCAGAGAAAGUAACAGACGCGCGGAUAAGGACGUUAAUUGACCAAUAUGUGCAAUUCUUUCGAAUAAAUCCCUUACAGCAUUAG